AUGGCUUCACACCUGGUUCGGAUCCCGCGGAGUGGGAGUGCCAUAGAGGCCACAGUAAGAAGGAGCCAUAGCAGCCUGACUCUCAGACCACCAGUCGGCCACUCCACACAAACACUCGCACAACUAGGCAGACUGCGUGGACUGAGUUGGGGCGUUAGUCAGCAGUCUUCCAAACCACAGCGCUUGACGCGCCGUGAUAGCCUCAGAUUCGAAUCACACAUGAAACAAAUAAGCAACACGGAGACGGAGCCUAGGCGCACACCUCCCACUUGCAGUAUCCGGACUACAUCAGCUGCUGUCUCUUCGUCCAACGCUGCCUCAUCUUCCACGCCGACAGCUAACAUUGACGGCACUCCCGGACCCCCACUAGUAUCUUCCUCCUCCAUUGCCUCAACGUCCGCUACGGCGGCACCUGUACCCACUACCACUGCACACAAUCUUCGCACACCAACAAACAUCAAACUCCCCACCGUCAACGCCGGCGGUGGGGACUCGAUCCAUACCUGUCCUCUUUGCGAUCGCACCUUCGCCUCACACACCGGCCUGAUCGUUCACCUGCGAAUCCAUCGCACGGAGACUGGCGAACUAGGGCCUGCAGCACCAACAUGCACCAGACGCAUCCGCCUCAACUGCCCUCACUGCACCCGCACAUUCACCCACCCCGUGGGCCUAUUAGGCCACAUGCAAAUUCACCUGCGGUAUACAACCACUGGCUAA